GUCACUGGAGGUUGGUGGUUGGUCGCACUGGGCGAGAAGAGACAAGAGACGCCAUCGUUCAUCAUUGAUUCUUCUUUCCCGAAGCCGAUUUCUCGCCAAUUCAUCCUCCUCACAGCUUUAUAACUCGGAAAUGGGUGACAGCGACGACGAGUACGAUAGGAAGCGAAGGGAUAAGUUUCGUGGAGAACGCACCGAGAGGUCGACAACCGACAGAUCGGAGAAUUUCAGAGGCGGCGGGGGAGGAGGUGGCGGUGACCGGCGUGGCCCAUCUAGAGACGAUUGGGGAGACAACUUGCCGUCUGCAAGAAAAAUGGACAAGGGCAACUUCCCAGAGUUCGACCUUUACGAGGCCAAGCGUUUCAAAGAGAGAAUCAACUUUCAAUAUCAAAACAAUGACUGGCAGAGUAGUCGAGGUCGAGGCCCUCCUAAUUACGGAGAGUAUCGACAGUCAGGUGGACGAGGCGGAGGACGAGGAGGCGAUCGUUUCAGCCCUCCUUCAAGAUCACACGACAUGGGUCAACCACCUGUAAAGAGAAGCAGAAAUGACUGGGGUGAAGAAAGACGAUUUGUGCCUGACUCAGGGUAUGGAGGUUAUCAAAACAAUCCUUGGGGUCCAGGAAAUCAGGAGAGCCACUUUUCUCACCACGGGGGUGGUGGUGGAGGAGGAGGUGGUGGUGGUGGAUCAAGCAGGGAUUCUGACGGCUUGACACAGCCACCAAUGAUGUCCUUUAAGGCAUUUUUGCAAACCCAGGAUGACAACAUAUCUGACGAGGAAGCCAUCCAGAAAUUCAACGAAUACAAGCUUGAGUUUAAGCGGCAACAACUCAAUGACUUCUUUGUCAACCACAAGGAUGAAGAGUGGUUCAAGAUUAAAUACCAUCCUGAGGAGUCUGUUAAGCGGAAAGAAGAACUGAAGGCAGCAUUAAAUAAUCGUGUGAAAGUUUUCUUGGACUGCUUGGAAAAGGAUUGGUUUGCCAAGAUUUCUGUUGACAGCGAUCAGUCUGAGCAACUGGUCAAGUUGCUGGACUCGAUUGUAAUCAAGCUCGAAGGUGGCACUGACUUAGACCUGAAGGUGCUGGAAGAAGCUGAGAAUGCUGCAAAAGAGUAUGAAAAGAAAAAAGCUGAGGCUGCAAAAAUCGAAGUUUUGAGGAGGAAGUCCGAAGAAAAUGAAAAGAGCAAAGAAGCUGAAGAGAAAAGCACUGGAGAGCCGAAAGAAGAGGGAGAAGAAACCAAGAAAAAGGAUGAAGCAGUCGAAAUUAAGAAAGAACCCGGAGAGGCAACUGAAAAAAAAGAAGAAGUGGUUGAGAGCAAGCCUAGUAGAAAGCGCAAGCGGGAGUAUCAUUCUGACAGUGGCAGUGAGAGUGAAAAUGAAGAUGCAUUAUCUCAACAUUCGGCUGCCGAAGAAAUAUCAAAGGACACCUCCAUGGAAGAUUGUGAGGCAAAGGAAACUGUGAAGAAUGGGAAAGACGAAAAGGAAUCUGAUGGUGAAGCAGAAGAAGAUAAGAAAGAGGAUGACGCUGAAAAAGAACAGAAAAAGCCAAACGAAGAAGAGCCUAAAGAGGAGAUUGUGAAGCCCCGUUGCCUUCACAAAACUGCUUCCAUCUUCCUGAGGAACUUGGCUCCAACCAUCACUAAACAAGAAGUUGAAGCGAUGUGCAAGCGUUAUCCUGGCUUCCUUAGAGUGGCCAUAGCAGAUCCACAACAUGACCGCCGUUGGUUCCGCCGUGGAUGGGUUACUUUUGAAAGGAACGUCAACAUCAAGGAAAUUUGCUGGAAUUUGAACAAUAUCAGACUCCGUGAUUGCGAAUUGGGAGCCAUAGUUAAUCGUGACUUGAGUCGUCGAGUGCGCACUGUCAAUGGAAUCACGUCCCACAAGCAAGUUGUUCGCAACGAUAUUAAAUUGGCUGCAAAGAUCAUCCAAAACCUGGACAAGAAAGCCUCCCUUUGGGAAGAUGAAAAUGAUAAGGAUUCCAAAGCUGAAACACCAAGCUUCGGAUUGGUGUCCAAGAAUCCGGUCAUGAAAAAUAUAACGGAUUACUUGAUUGAGGAAGCCUCGGCUGAGGAAGAGGAGUUACUUGGCCAGUCAUCUGGCGAUGGUGAGGCUGGUGGGGAGGGUGACGAGUCCACAUGCACCAUCGACAGAGAUGAAACUUUGCUCAAGGUGUUGGACCGACUUUUGUUCUACUUGCGCGUUGUCCACUCGGUUGACUAUUACAACCACUGCGAGUAUCCGAAUGAAGAUGAAAUGCCCAACCGCUGUGGGAUUAUGCAUGCUAGAGGAACUCCCCCUUCCUCUAAAGUGGUACAGCAGGAAAUAUCUGAUUACUGUCAAACUUUCGAGACAAAAAUCGCCUCAUUCCUGCAGCCAGUCGUAAAAUUGUCUGACGAAGAGUUAAAUAAACUGGGCGCUAAAGCCCCUGAUUCCGAGGUUGAAAAAUUUGUCGUCUCCAAUACCCAGGAGCUGUCAAAGGAUAAGUGGCUCUGCCCCCUUUCGGGAAAAAAAUUCAAGGGUCCCGAGUUUGUAAGGAAACACAUUUUCAACAAGCAUGGAGAGAAAAUUGACGAAGUCAAGAAAGAGGUUGAGUAUUUUAACAACUACCUUAAAGAUCCAAAGAGGCCUCAGCUGCCUGAGCAUCCAGGCAAUAGAGCUCAGAAGCGUGAGCAUCCAGGAGAUAGAGAGUCUUUCGGAGGGGGAUCUGGAGGAUUUGUGCCACAACGCUUUGGAGGAGGCUUUGGUGGCGGUGGAUACAAUAAUUACGGUGGCGGCCGUAACUUUGGAGGAGGUGGCGGUUACCACCGCGAGCCUUACCGUGAAGCUUAUUCACGUCCGCCUCGUGGACACUUCAAUCGAGGUGGAGGCAACAGGGUGCCCCUUCUGGACGAUAAAGUUAUCAAUAGACCAGUCAUUGAGUAUCAGGACCUUGACUUUCACGAAGACAAGGAAUUCUUCUAAAAUAUUUUUUUUUUUUACUUUACGCCGUUGUCACUUUCAUCUUUUAAAUUAUUAUUUUCCUUUUCGUGUGGCGCAGCCUAGAUAAUUCUUUAUUUUGUCCUAUUGAAUGUGUGGCAACUUGAUGGUGUUUGGUUGCAGAGGGGGGGACUACCGACCUGUUGUCAACUACAGAGACUUGGAUGCCCCUCGUGAACCAGAAGAAUUUUAAAUGUUUGAUUGUUCAACUGCAGCUUCAACCCACAGCUUUCUGCAGUUAGCUUUGUCUUCAUGUUACACAAUUGUAUUAUUCUUUGUUCCUAAAUUUUAAUUUUUUCGGAACAUAAAUUAUAACCUUUGAUCAAUAAAAAAGCUCUUAGAACUCUCCAA